AGGGACGGCCAACUCCUCCUGCAGGCCUGGCGCCCAGCGAUUGGGGCGGCAGGGGAGCCCAGCAAAGGGCACGGGCUGAACCGGGGAGGGGGAAAAAUAAUAAAUAAUUAUUAAAAAAAAAAAAAAAAAGGAGAAAAAAACUCCACCAAGCACUGGUCCGGCAGGUCCAGUCGGCUCAAGCGGCGCAGGAGGGAGGCAGCUGGCAGGGAGCCCGCAGCCUGAGGAAGCUCCUGAAGCCCCAGUCUGCCCCGCGGCGGCAGUGGCAGCAGCAGGAGAACUUUGCCCCCCCCCGGAAGACGGCACGGCGCAGGGGACCUCCUGUUGUGGGUGGCCCACCAGCAAUGCCAGCAGCUGAUCGCUCCUGACCAUGGCAGCCCUUUGCAGCGUGCCUCCUGAACUGCUUGUCCCAGCUGCCAACGAGACGCUGGCGCUGGCGCUGGGGAGCCGCAUAGCGCUGAACUGCACCGUGCGCUGGGCAGCCACCGAGCACUGCCAGCCUGUCGCCGCCUGGACCAAAGACGGGCAGUGGCUGGGCAGUGAGAGCAGCCAAGACACCACUUGGUUUGGCCAAAAUGCCUCGGAGCACCUCCUCGCCACCAUCCUGCAGGUCAACCUCACGCAUGACGCUGACUUUGGGGUGUUUGCCUGCUGGGUCAGCAACGCCACAGCCACCUUCACCCUGCGGCGAGAGGAGGCCGCGGGGCACGUGAGUGCGGUGCUGGCAGCCCUCCUGGUCCUGGCCCUCCUGGUGCUGCUGGCUGUGCUCUACAUCAGGUGCCGCCUGAGCGUGCUCCUCUGGUACAGGAACCACUAUGGCGAGCUGGAGAUAAAUGAUGGGAAGCUGUAUGAUGCCUACGUGUCCCACGCCACCGCCCCGGAUGACCGCAAGUUCGUCCACUUCAUUGUGAAGCCACAGCUGGAGAACCGCUACGGCUACAAGCUCUUCCUGGACGAGCAGAACAUCCUGCCCAACGCUGAGCCAUCGGCCGACCUGAUCAUGAACGUAAGCCGGUGCCGGCGCCUCAUCGUAGUCCUCUCCGUGGCCUAUCUGGAGCAAGACUGGUGCAACAGCAGCUUCAGGGAAGGCCUUUGGAGGUUGCUGGAGCUCUCCAAGAAACCCAUCUUCAUCGUCUUCGAGAGCCAGUACCGGGAGAUCACGCACCCUGCCAUCAGCCUGCUGAAGCAGCACAGGAAUGUGGUGACCUUGCUGGUGUGGCGAGCUGGCUCCAUGACCCCGUCGUCGGACUUCUGGAAAGAGCUGUGCCUGGCCCUGCCCCGCAAGGUGUCCUUCCAGCCUACCAUGGGGGACCCGCAGACCCAGCUGCAGGAGGACAAGGACCCCAUGCUGAUCCUGCACAGCAGCUACCUGGACAGCCGGGGGGACCCCCACCCCGACGGAGACCUGGGUGCAGGCCUUCGUGGAUGUCUUUUCAGAGGACCCCCACCUCCCCACGUCAGCAGCCUCGGGGUACCUGCAGCUUUGGCUGCCGGCACGCCGGAGGACACGCAGCAGAGGGAUGGACACAGAGCCGAGAUCGACAUCUCAGACCUGGGCUCGCGCAACUACGGCGCCCGCACGGACUUCUACUGCCUGGUGACAGAGGAUGACAUCUGAGCAGGGCCACAACAGGGAAAGGGGGUGCCCCCUGCUCCGCAGGACUGCAUGGAUCCAGGCUGCAGCUAGAGGAUCCCAAGCGCUGUGACUGGACCAGCACUGGGAAGAGAGGAGCUGGCUCCUUCUGGCAGCACGUUCUCUGCUUGGAAAUCACCACAGGGCCUGGGCACCCUUGGGUGCUGGGUCCCCUUCCCUUGCCAUGGGUGGAAGGGACAUUUUUUCCAUCUAACGGACAAAUGUUGGGAUUGGCGAUGCCCUCCAAGAAGCAGUGUGCACUUCUGUCCCUUUUCUCCUCAUGCCCCUGCCCCGGGGGCCUGGGCUGGAAAACCGAUGUGAGCAGCUGCAGCAGCGCCGGCUGCGUCACCCAAAUCCCAGUGGCAAUAAAACGCUGCUGCUUGGAGCAGCUCUGGUCUGUC